GCCCAAGGUUAUUAUAAACAUGAGCCUAGGAAUGAGUAUUUCCGAUGUUGUUAAUGAUAUAGUUGGCGCUGUUGUGAGUCAUGGAAUACCCGUAGUAGUUGCUGCAGGUAACGAGGAUACCAACGCCUGUUUAACAAGCCCCGCUUCAGUACCUGAGGCAAUUACAGUUGGGGCAAUGGAUACGUACGACAGACGAGCAUCCUUCAGCAACUUUGGGAGCUGCGUGAACAUAUUUGCACCAGGGACUACAAUACUAUCCUUAUCUAAAGAUGGAGGGACUGCUGUCUUAUCCGGUACUUCGCAGGCAGCGCCGCAUAUAACAGGAAUUUUAGCUCUACAGCUAAGCGAACUGACCUCUAGUCUGGCUAACGAACAUCAACUACCAGAACUGCUUCUACAAACUUUACUUAAGAAUGCAAAAGAAGGCUUAAUUGAUAAUGUCAAAGGAUCUCCCAACAGGCUCGGGCAGGCGCCUCCUUGCGGACUACAAGUGUACACACGAAAUAAAAAUAUUUAA